UUGGACACGUGGGAGUCCAGGAAGUGUUUGCUCGAUUGGAGUGCCGUUGUAAAGAAGCGUGUUGAGUUUUCUGUGGUGCUCUGGUAUUUGUGGUUUGUGUGGACUAUGUCUUCGGUUUUAAUAAAUGCCCUUUUAUCUAAUUGCCCCGAUCCAGAAAUUGUAUUAUCUAAAUUAUAUUUUACAACCGAUUCGUGGCCGGAGAUUGAGAGAGUUGAAGCUUUAACCACGUUGAUAGACACAGUCGGUAAACUCCCCGACUAUGGCGAGGAAUCUAACGGGGACAAACCUAGAGCGUGUAACAGUGCCGCUGCAGCUGUGAAAAGAGAACGUUUUGUUACAAACGUGCAGAAUGUUAUAUGGAAUCAGUGUUUACCGCUUUUGUACAAACUCCCCAACGAAAAUGAGACUUUACAAAGCGACCCGACUACUGGGACCUCCAAAGAGCUGCUCAAUGCUUUGUACGGGUUACUGGCUGUCUGUGUUGGACUAUGUGGCACAGAAGUACCAGGUAGAUUGGUCAACAUUAUUUUGCCGGUUUUGGACGUGUCCGAAGGCACCCUGGAAGGAAAAACCCUUCUGAGUGUAGACGUUGCCAUCGAGGUCUUAGCUGUUGUUCUACCUGCCGUUUCGUCCGACAAUCAGUUGACAGCGAGAAUACUUUCUUCUGCCUUCAACUGUAUCAAGACACGAUCGGACACGCAGGUUUCCAAAACCGUGGUCCGGGUAUUAUUUACUGUCCUGAAUAGUUGCAGCGAUGGCGAGAGGAGGGCAGACGUGCUUCGGCGCAUCUGGUGUGACUUGCGCACCUGGCACGCGAGUGAUAGCUCGGCGACAGUUACGGCUCGCACCUUGCUGUGUCUGACAGCACUGUCAGACUACCUGUUCCCACCAGACAGACCGACUCUUCACCCGGUCGAGGCUGACCCUCGCCUUUCAUCUCAGUUCUGGAAGAUAAUUCAAGAGGGACUAACGCACAGAGACAACCUCGCGCGCAAACGGGCUCUGUACCUUCUGAAGAGAUGUGUGAUGAUAUCAGAGGAGGAUAGGGUGGAGUUUUGCUGUGCAUCUCCAGAAGGUCAGAUUGUCUUCAGAUGGGCUCCAAACAGGAGCCAGCUACUCCGGGAAUUCUGGGAAGACUACGCUUUGAUUAUGGAGACCCUAGAUGAAACCCAAAUACAUUUGGUCCGGCCUGUACUCAACAGGAUCAAUACAUUGAUCGAAGCUACUGUGAGUGAUAGUGAAGACAGUGCCCUGCUACACCCCUCUUGGCUGGAGUGUGUGUACCAGCGCAUGUUCCACAGUGAGAAUAAGACCAUUAUGAGGGAGGGCGUGUGCCACCUGCUGGAUAUGCAGGUUAUACGCUGCCCUGCCUUUGCCUUGGCUUUUGCACAGUUUAUUGUUGGUCCCUUCUUGGACGUCUUGGCUGAGAGCUCACUCUUCCACAGAUCAUCCAACCAGAUUAUUGGGGAGCGCCCCGAUUUUGGGACCAAGCUUGAGGCCUUCAUGGUGACCUUCUUCAGUGCUCUGCCCCAGGAGAACAGAGGUGGUGUCCUGCUGCAGCUGGUCCAGCGGAUGGGAUCUCGCCACUGGUGUGCUGUGCCCAUCCUCUUCCUCUCCCAGGCCCUGUCACGUCUGUUACCCUGCCCCGUCCUGGAUCUGCAGGGUCUGCAUGCGUUAAGGGAGGUGCUGCGCUGCACCAUGAUCACUCACCAGGUCCUGCUAAGGGGAGCAGCCCAGUGCUACCUGCUGCACAGCGCCCUCUGCCUUACAGAUGUGACUGCUGUGACGCUGGCUGAGGUCUUUGGGUUUCUGGCACACUUCCAGGCAGAGGAGUCGCUGUGCCGGGGGACUGCGCUCUGGGAUCAGGUGUGUGACUGGCUGCUGGACUGUGAGGGAAGAUUUAAGCACAUUCUCAGAGACGGGGAUUCGAACCCAGGGCCUGGCUCUGAGGGGUCGGUGCGGAGCUUCGUCCAGAGCCAGCUGGAGGCCUUCCUCAGGGUCCCAGCCAGCGUCGAUGUAAGUGCCAGCGUACCAGACCCUAGGGAGGCGGAGUCUUUGGCCCGAGCGAUCCUCCUCUCUGCCGACAUGCAGAGACAGGGACCUGGUGAGAACCAGCCAGGUGGACUGGAGGAGUUACUGCGCCCCCUGCUGGACACGCUGACCAGACUCAGCACCAACGUCUACCUCCCCCUCAGCAAGACGGACAAGAGCCUGCAACUUCUGCUGCGGCUGCUCCAGCUGUGUCACAGGGGAGGCGGCCGGAGCACACAGAAAGUGGAUGGGGUCUUAGUCGCCGUGGAAACAUCCAUGUUGGCCGUGGCUGAGCCGGUGCAGGAGUUCCUUUUGCGAAGGUUGAGUGGGGAGCUGUGUGAGCUCUGCGAUGUGGACCGGUGCGCUCUGUAUCUCUCGGUCCUGAGGGAGCUGGUCCGGCUCUACGGCGCGGUCGGAUGGCACCGCACCAGUCGGCUGGCAGGGUUCGCCCCGCCUCUGAUCCGUAACUGCCUGAGGACGCUGCAGGGACCAGAGGAGGAGAAUCCUUCUGUCAGCGGGCAGGUGGGCAGAGCAGUGAGCAUGGCAUCCUUAGCCCAGCUCUGUGAGCUGGGAGAGGAGCAUCGGGAGGACCUCCACCCUGAAGCCAUGCGAGCGCUCUCCUCUGUAGCGGGGCUCUUCCUCCCCUCCUCUUCUGCAUCCUCCUCUUCCUCACCGACCAACCCCAUCCAGACCCUGCGCAAGCCUGCAGCUUCAACCACCAACCUGGAGGGGGGUCACGAUGAGGGCCCUGACCUGCGGGGGUGGGGUCGCAUGGCGGCCCACUUUGUGCGGGACCAGUGGACCUGCCUGCGCUUCGUCCUGGCCUUCCGGGUCCCGCCUGGGCCCGCACUGGCCCCCCCGGCCCCCGUGGUUCUGGGAGCCGCGAUGGAGGCGCUGGCUGUCCUGACCAGUGACCUGGUUCUGCCUGUCCUGGACUGCAUGACUGCCCUGCUGCCCCAGGUGGUGCUGUCUGAAGAGGCUUUGACUGUGGAGGCAGUGACCCUGGCCUGGAAGGUGGUGCUGGGCCUGAGCAGUAACCCUCAUGAUUUCUGGCCUGUUCUGGAAGGCUUUGUGCGGUUCGGCUUUGACCGCAGCCUGCUGGAGCUAACAGACACAGAGGCACCGAGGCUCUCCGCCACUGUGCGGCAGAUUGCCUCUGAGCUAUUGGAGCUGUCCGAGGUCAAGACGGGCGUGUUCAACGUGUUGAUCCGGCACUGCUGCCAUACCUGGCUGCCCUCUGACCCCGGAAGUGAAAGCCAGAGGGACGCCUGCUUCUCCAGUGCUCUCAAACAUGUGGACAUCUUGGCCGAAGCCUGUGUGUACGGGCCCGUGUUCAGGAGGGAUCAGAGGCUGGUCCAGGAAGUGCAGACGUAUGUGGAACAGCUCGGAGAGGAGUGUGCAGCAAACACAGCCGUGACCAGUGACAGCAGAGAUGAGCAGUUCCCUCGUGUCUGUGCGAUGGCGUUCCUCAGCAGGCUGGAUGCCUCCUGUGCUCUGCAUGAAAGAUUGAUGGAGGAGCUGGUUCUGCUGCUGCUAAGAAAGGAUCAGGAAAUAUCUAAGUCGAAAGUGCGUUACUAUAGUAACUCCCUUCAGCAUCGAGUGAAGAACAGGGUGUGGCAGACUCUGCUGGUACUGCUGCCCAAACUGAGAGAGGGGUUUGUGGAGACCGUGCUGGGCCGGGUGUGCGAGGCGGGCUUCUGCAGCAACCAGGCCUCGGUGAAGUACCUGAUCGAGUGGAUGACCCUGCUGGUCCUCUGCAGGCACCCUGCCCUGAUAGACAGUCUGUGGGCCUGCUUCAGCGUGGAUCAAGAGAAGACCAAGACUAGUAUCUGUACCUUCCUGUCUGUACUGGUGCACUUGGACAUCAUUCUACCUGGUGUUCAAGACAAGGCUAAGCAGUGGCAGAAGGCGGUGGACGUGAUCCUGCAGUGGUGCUUCAGUCAUAACUUCAGCGUCCGUCUCUACGCGCUGCUGGCCCUCAAGCGGGUCUGGGGCCUGGAGGGGCCCAGGGCCCUGGCCGAGGACACGGCGGGGGGGCCCGGUGGGCUGAGGGGCCUGGCGGCCGUCGUCCAGGCCUGCCUGCAGCAGGCCGAGGCCAUGCAGUCCACGGGGAACGCGAUGAAGAACUGGACCAGGAUACAGGAACAUUUCUUCUUUGGGGCCUUUCACCCACUGGAAGACUACAGCAUGGAGACCAUAUUCCACACCUUCCCUAGCCUGUCAGAGCUGGCGGAUGAUGAGUGGAUUCCCCCCUGGAAGUUUGAGCGGCUGGUGGAUUUUGCCCACAGCUCUGUGCUUCCACUGAGGAAUCCCACCCAGGACCUGAGCCAGCUGCAGCCUGGGGACUGGAUCCAGCAGGACAAAGACGGGGAGAAGGAGGAGCGCUGGGUGGAGGUGCAGAAGAAGAUCACCCCCUGGAGGCUCAGUAUCCAGGACCAGGACCCUGAGCUGCAGCUGGUGCCCCAGCAGAGGGCAGCUCGCCUGGGCAAGCUCCACAGCGCCCUCCUGGUGGUUGCAUCCCUCAUUGAUAAGCCCACAAACCUAGGAGGGUUGUGUCGGACGUGCGAGAUCUUCGGUGCGAAUGCUCUUGUGAUGGACAGCCUUCAUCACAUCAAGGACAGGAACUUCCAGGCCCUGAGUGUGUCAGCUGAGCUGUGGCUCCCUCUACUGGAGGUGAAACCAGGUGAGCUGUCGGACUUCCUGCAGGUGAAGAAAAGGGAGGGGUACUGCAUUGUUGGAGUGGAGCAGACAGCCUACAGCCAGAGCCUGCUGGACUACUGCUUCCCCGAGAAGAGCCUGCUGCUGCUGGGGAACGAGCGGGAGGGGAUUCCGGCGAACUUGCUGCAGCUCCUGGACGUCUGCGUGGAGAUCCCACAGCAAGGCAUCACACGCUCUCUCAACGUGCACGUGAGCGCCGCCCUGCUGGUGUGGGAGUACACGCGGCAGCACCUGAUCCCCGGGGCUCAGCCUGUAGUGACCUCUGACUCCUGACCCCUGACCCUCUGGUCCCCGCACAGUUGACUGAGACAUUUGAGACAUCGCCUGUGCCCUGUGUCCUGUGACUUGUGCAUCGUCUCUGUGCAUCUGCUGUCAGCAGCACAGGCUUUUAUUUUUUGCCAAAGAUGCACAAAUUCUCAGAACUUAACUGCAAAAAUACAUUCUACCUCUGUUUGCAUUUAAAAGUUUAAUGGGAUAUCUAUGGAAAGAGUGUAAAUGUUUUUAUCAGUGUUUUCGCUUUGACUGGUGUACUGUUUUAUUGCAUUGAUGCGGAUAGAAGUGGGGCCUUGGCUCCUGAUUUGUGCAGGUGAUAUCUCCUCUGAUCCAAUUGGAGCAGGUGUUUACCUUGUGGUUCUUGUGCUGCAGAGACUGUCCUCCCCUUUUUCCCACCCUCCUGCCCUCUGCUUCCUAGUACAAUGGAACUGAGUAAUGGCUACAAAAUGGUAGUAGAAUUGUGGGGAUAUUACAUGACUCCCUAGGAUAGAAGCGUGGUAAAGCAUGAACCUUAUUGGCAGUCAUUUCUGCAGCAUCUGAAGUCCAAACAAGCCUAGCCCCAGGCCUUAGUUAUGAGAAUUUUAUUUGAAUAAAUAGAUUUAGUAAAUAAUGUA